UUUGGUCGGUCCGGCAACUUCUUGUCCUUUAUUUGUUGUUUGUAGUUGCGUUUUCUGAAAAGUUUGCUGCAAUAAUGGAUGUGGAGAAGAUUUGUCGCACUUGCUUAAGUCUUUCUGGACCAUUUCUAUCAAUCUAUGAUGGCGGCAACGGCAGCUGUUUGGUCGAUAUGUUGCGCGAAUUCACUAGGACCAAGCCGCGUUGCGAGGAUAAUUUACCAGCCAGAGUCUGCCUCAGUUGCAUCAGCGAAAUUAACCACUGCUAUUCAUUUAAACUCAAGUGUGAGAACUCAAAUCGCACACUGCGGCAGCUGCUGCCAAAUGCUCUGCCCGAGGAGCCCGACUUUGUGGCAGCAACAACAGCAACAACGAAAACAGAAGUCAAGCCAAAGGUGGCUACAAGAGAUUCAUCAGUGCAAACCAACGCUGUCCCAACAUGCACAAUUGAAGCGCAAACGGAUGUGGUGACCACAGCGGAUGCGGAGCAAAACACCAGCCUGGAGAAAUCGGUGGCAAUCUGUGACGAGGCCGAUGAUGUAGAGGAGUUUGACUAUGAAUUCACAGAUGAGCAGGAUAACGAAGAGACGCCGUCCAAAGUGAGCCCGGAAAACAUAAUACUGCAUGUGGAGAAAGACGAUAUCAAGUUUGAGACGGAAAUGAUAUAUGACAAGAGCACAGGUGAGUUGCACGAACAACCAACAACACAAGGGAAACAGAAGGAGUACAAAUAUCGACUGGUCAGCAAUGGCAUUGGGAGCACAUAUAUUGCACCAGAGCCGGCGUCAACGCCAACACUUCCUCAAGUGACAACACGCAAGAGCGCUGCCAAACUGUUGCAACAACAACAACAGCAGCAGCAGGAGCAGCAGAAACAGUGUGAGGAAGACAAGCAAGAGAAAUCGGGACAAGAAGAUUUACAAACAACGAGCAAGCGGAGCACACGACGUCGGGCUGCAACACAGCCAGACGAAUAUCAGGAGUCAUCGGUCAGGCCAUCAAAACGAAGUGUACCAAACCAAUCCAUUAAUGCAUCCGAGACGGAAGAUCUUAAGGCGAAUUUCCAUUGUGAUCGCUGCAAUGCUGGAUUUGUCCUAGAGAAAUCAUUGAUUAUCCACAAGCGGCAAAACGGAUGCACCAAUCGCAGUUUCAAGUGCAACGAAUGCGAACGAGUUUUUGUCUCCUUAAAUCAUUUAAACGAGCACCAGGCGACGCAUGCUUCCCACAAUUGUCAGGAAUGCGGAGUGCGUUGUGAGUCCAAAGAUCAGCUGAGCAGGCACAUGGUCCAGAUGCACAAACGUAAUCUACGCAAUCAGUGCAACGUUUGUCAGAAGGUCUUCACGAUGCUCUCAACGUUGCGGGAUCACAUGCGCAUCCACACUGGGGAGAAGCCAUUUGUGUGCAACGUUUGUGGCAAGGGCUUUACACAGAAUGCCAAUCUGCGUCAGCACAAGCUCCGGCACUCGGACAUCAAACGCUUCAAAUGCGAGCUCUGCAAUAAUUCAUUUGUGACCAAGGCGGAACUGACCUCGCAUGCGCGCACACACACCGGUGUGAAGCCGUACGAGUGCGAUGUGUGCUCCUCGAGGUUCACCACCAGUUGCUCAUUGGCCAAACACAAGCGUAAACACACUGGCGAGCGACCCUACCCCUGUGAUCUGUGCCCCAUGCGAUUCACAGCACUCAAUGUACUAAAGAAUCAUCGACGCACGCACACGGGCGAGCGACCAUAUGUUUGUCCCUUCUGCUCCAAGAGUUUCACACAGCGUGGCGAUUGUCAGAUGCAUCAGCGGACGCAUCAGGGGGACAAGAUCUACAUUUGUCCAGUGUGCAAUGAGGAGUUCAAGACAAUGAAUGAGAUGCGAUCACAUUUGACAGUUCAUGAGCAGCAGGACAAACGAUUGGUCCACUUUACCCUUCUGAGCAACAAGGAGAACGGAAAUGCGACGCUGGAGGAGCAAGAUGAUGAGUCGGAUACAGCGGACACAGACUUAAUGUAGACGGGACACCUCAAUUAUUCCCUGUGGGAACUUUAAAACUAGAUUGUAAGAUGGAAUUUCACAGACAAUGGGAAAACUAUCGAAGAUAUGCUUUAGUACAAGAAUUCGUUUUAAGAGAAAUUGACAUCGAAAUUAGAUUAUAUGAAUCUGAAAUAACGUAAGCGCCAUUAGCAAAUUUAACAGAUUAGGGAUUUUAUUAAAAAUAUUUUUAUGUUAUACUAUUUCGAAACUUGCAUUGAAAUGUAAUAAGUAAUAGUGUUUUUUAUCCUUGGUUUGGUGACCUUUCUAUUUUGUUUAAUUUAAAUAGUUUAGCUGACUUUUAACAAAUUAACAAACAAAAUGGGCUUUUUUCGCUUACGUUAUUUUUGCGGCUCAGACUCGACACUGAUAUUUCGAUGGUUUUCCCCGCUCUAUUUUAAAUAUGACAGAUUCUUUUUGUUUUUAGAAUUUCCUUAGACUUUAAUUUAGCUUACAAGUGUAGUUAUUAAAAUGCUUAUGUAUCGAUAUA